UUUAGAUAUGAACGCCUAUUGCAUCGUGCCCAAAUCGAGGAUUUGAACGAAGUUUCGGGCAUUGGUUGUCUUUAUCAAAGUGGUGUCGAUCGUUUGGGUAGACCUGUUAUUGUAUUUUGCGGUAAAUGGUUUCCAGCCCAUAAUCUUGAUUUGGAAAAAGCCUUAUUAUAUUUAAUAAAAUUAUUGGAUCCCAUCGUAAAAGGAGACUAUGUCAUUGCUUACUUCCAUACUUUAACUAGUACCAAUAAUUAUCCAUCAUUGCAUUGGUUACGUGAAGUAUACAGUGUAUUGCCUUACAAGUACAAGAAGAAUCUUAAAGCCUUUUAUAUUGUACAUCCAACAUUCUGGACUAAGAUGAUGACAUGGUGGUUUACCACCUUCAUGGCACCAGCCAUCAAAGCUAAAGUACACUCAUUGCCUGGUGUGGAGCAUUUAUAUUCAGCAAUAUCAAAAGAUCAAUUAGAAAUUCCUGCAUAUAUCACCGAAUACGAUAUGGCCACAAAUGGACUACAUUAUUUUACACCACAACCACAAUUGACACCAUCAUAGACUACAAUCAUACGACCAGAGGCUGUAUAAAAAAAAUAUUAGGCCAGACACGUUAAGUCGACCGCCAAUCAUACGUUCAGUCACUCACACAGUCUGUCUGUCAGUCUAGAAAGUAGCGAAAAAAAGUAGAAUUUAUUAAUAAAACAAAAUACAUUAAAACUAUUAAGUAAUAAUUAAUGAACAAAUUAACAAAA